AUGUUUCGCUCCCGUCUUCUUGCAGCCCAACUGGGUUUAUGCCUACUCGCUUUCUUCUUCCUUUCAUUUUCUAGGACCACCUCUGCCGCUCCGCUUGAUGCGCGAGGAGGUCCUGUCGGUGGAAGUGACCCCUUCAAGGAUCCCUCAUCCGGCGAGUCGUCAUCCGGCGAGUCGGAUCCCUUUAGUGAUUGCAAGGCGGAAGAUCUUGAUAUUGAUCCAUUCGAAGAUGGUCCCACAGCAGAUCGAACGGCAGGACUUGGAGUGGAAUUUGAAACUGGUGGAUUCUACUUUACCAGCGUUGGAAAUUGCGGCAAAGAGAACACUUUCGCAUCUAAGAAUAAGGCAAUUUCGGGCCAUCAAGCAACCGACUGGGACUUGACGGUCGACACUACGGCAGAAAUGAGCAACCGACUUGACGCGGAGUAUAUUUUGAAUGGCAAAAUCAUCAAGCUUGGUACAAACCAAGCCGUGCAAGCAGCAAAAGAUGUUGCGAGUGACAUUGAACGUUGGGAUCCCCACGCGACCUCUAAAAACAACAAAGUUGUUCUCGUGGACCCAGUCAAUAACCAAUGCAAAACUUGGGAGAUCAAGGACCCCCAAAGAACCGGUGGUUGGAAAUCCCUCAUGUGGCAAGCUCAGGCCACAGCUCCCCUACCGAUGGCUGCCCUUAAUGUCGUAUUCAAAUACGCAAAGACGUCAAACUCGUGGACUAAUCCUCUUUUGCCUGCAGCACAGCGCAUGGCAAAAGAUAUGGUCUGGGUCAAUAAGAACUUCUUCCAGAGCUCCCCACAAGGCAUCAAAGCUAAGGACGUCACGGCAGAGGAGAUGGCUUUCUUCUCCCUUGUUCUCUCUUAUGUCAAAACUGACCCCGAGAUUACAGCCAAGACAAGCUUCAAGAACAGGAGUCCCAUCAUGCCUCGGACAAACUUUGUGUCUUUAUUCGAAGGAGUAGAGUCUAGUCUGAAGGGCAAAGAUCUCUAUGAAUUGGUUCAAUUACUUGCAUGCUACAAGAAUGUCAAACCCGAUGGUCACGAUACUACCGAGGAGGAGAUGGAAAAGGUCGAGAUCGACGGCCUAUGGUGCAAAGGACCUCUUGACAAGCCAACGCCUCUUCCUAAUAUCAAUUCAAAGUGGACACUCACAGUUGACGGUGACACACCGUUCAAAAACAACAAAGAUCUCAAGGACAUAACGUCAUUUACUGUGAAAGACUGGAUGGAAGGAAUCCAAAACAAAGGCAGCAAGCUGGAGAUUGCCAGAAAAGCCCUUGGAUCUAUUGCGAAGGACAAAAAAGAGCCAACGGGUGCUUUGGAUCUGAUGGAAUUCUAUGAUAGAUGGUUCGAUCACCAGAUUGGAGCCUAUGGUGAGGUCAGAGAGCGCAUUUAUGGGAACCCGCACUUGUCCGUUCCUCUGUUUGAGUUCCGGAAUCUGGGCUCAGUUGGCAGCCAAGGAAUGGAGACCAUGGUGCGCAAGAUCGAGAACCAGAUUAUUCAGUAUCAUCACUCAUUUUCGACUUCGGGAACACCCACGAGGUCGUGA